AGGCAUAGCCAAAGCCACCCUCAUUAUUAACAUAUAUUAAUACCAAAAAUGUUAUGUUAAUACAAUCAAAAGUACUUGACAAUAAGGCUUUCACAUUCUCCUUGUGCCACGCUACUCACUAGCGGUGACGAAGCCACAUGGUUAUAAGGGUCGUCGAAAAAUUAUACUGUGUAUAUAGAUAAAUAUUAUAUUUUAGAGGUACAUAACAUACUAUUGAACACCCUUUGUCGGGAUCAUUUUUUCCCUUCUUUUAAAUUUGAAUAUCCUUGGGCAAAUUACUAGCUUCGCCACUGCUCAAUAGCACAAGCCGUCAGUGUCCCCAUGAUCCUAUCUCAUUACCUCCUCAUUAGAACUUUCCUAUUUGUUCAUUAGUCACAAUUAGUACCAAUAUAAUCUCAUCAAUAAGUCCAAAUUAAACAUCUCAUAGUUUAAUUAAUAAUCCUUGUCAAACCACUAAUCUGGUCAUAACUUUUUGCCAAGUAUUGAGUUGGACAGGAAGAUGAAGGUAUUUAAAGGGAAAGGCAUCUCCUCAAAUUUCCCUUUCUUUACAAACAAGACACUGUUUUGCUUUCUUUGCUCUUACCCAAAAAAACCAAAAUCUUCCCCUAAUAUUCUAACACUAAAAUGCGUCCAUAUCAAUUUCCUAUACCAUUCAUUUCCCUUUUUCUAUUCUUAUUUUUUCUACCUUCAUUUCCCAUUCUUGGAUCCACCUCUGAACUGACAAAUUUUGUUUACAAAGGCUGUGCUAACCAAAAAUUCCAAGACUCAACUGGGGUUUACACCCAAACACUCAACACCCUUUUUGACAACUUAGUUUCUCAAUCCUCCUCCACUAAUUUCCACAAAACCACCGCCGGCGGUGGCCAGUCAGCAAUUUCCGGUCUCUUUCAAUGCAGAGGCGAUCUCUCUAACACCGACUGCAACACUUGCAUUCAAAAAAUCCCAGAUAUGUCCCAAAAACUGUGCGGGCAAUCAAUUGCUGCAAGAAUCCAACUCAAUGGUUGUUAUUUAAGGUACGAAAUUGCUGGGUUUCAGACAGUGAGUCCGACCGAGUUGCUGUACAAGGUGUGCGCGUCAACUCGAGCGAGUGGAGAUGGAUUUCUUGACAGGCUGGAGACAGCACUAGGAGAGAUAGCUAAAGGAGUUUCUUCAAGCGGUAAUAAGGGAUUUUAUACAGGUGGUUAUCAGUCGGUUUAUGUGUUGGGUCAAUGUGAAGGUGAUUUAGAAAGUGGGGACUGUGUGAACUGUGUGAAAAAUGCUGCUAUGGAAGCCAAAAGCCAAUGUGCUUCUUCCAUUUCUGCUCAAAUUUAUCUGCAACAGUGCUACAUUCGUUACACUUAUUAUCCCAGUGGUGUUCCUACUAAAACAUUUUCUCCAUCAGGAAUAAGGAAGAGUACACAGAAGACGGUGGCUAUUGUGUUGGGUGGACUGGUUGGUGUGGGGUUAGUACUUGCUUGUUUGCUAUUUACAAAAUCAGCAUUCAAGAAGAAGAGUUAUGUCAAAUAUGGAGGAUGAGGUAGGUCCAAGAGCUGAGAAGUUUGGUAAAAAUUUGGGAUUUGGACCACAUAUGGAAUGUAAUUACAUAGUGUAAAUUUAGGUUUGAUGAUUUGGAUUAUGUAAGAAGAAAGGAGGUAUGAUGAUGAAGGAGAAGAAGAUCUGAUUUUGCACUUUGUUUUGACUCCAGCUUCUAGGAUUUUUCUUCUCCUCCAUGUUUUGCUCAUUCUACUUUUUGUUUUCUUUUUCCCCUUUGAAUUACAAGUAGCAAUAGUAGCGUUAUCAA